CAACAUUCUUAGCUAUGAAUGAUAGCAACAGUAAACUUGGGUAUCAUUUACAAAAUGCUUAUUCACCUCAAGCAGAAGCGUAGAGCUUGUAUUUUGAUAAUGCUGUAACAUCAUAUCCAGAACCAACCCACAAGAGGAAUGCCACGUGUCAAAGUGGCAAUCACCAAUCCCUGAUUAUUAUUAUCUAUCAUCAAGGACAUUGCAGUUGCCAAACCGUAAGGACUAAGGAGUUGAAGAGGAAGCAGAAAGCCGCAAAGAAGAAAGCAAUGGCAACCACCUCUGUAGUGAUGAGUUCUCUGAGCCUUAAGCCCUCUCAGUUCACCGUUGAGAAAACGGCGGUGAGAGGCCUCCCCUCCCUUGCAAGGACUUCUUCUUUAAGGGUUGAGGCCAGUGCCAAAAAAAAGAUCAAGACUGACAAGCCUUAUGGAAUCAGUGGAGGGAUGGCUUUGAGGGAUGGACUUGAUGCCUCUGGAAGGAAGCCUAAGGGGAAGGGUGUUUACCAAUUUGUUGACAAAUAUGGUGCCAAUGUCGAUGGAUACAGUCCUAUCUACGAUACCAACGAUUGGUCUCCAAGUGGUGAUGUCUAUGUUGGAGGUACCACAGGCUUAGCCAUAUGGGCUGUUACUCUGCUGGGCAUUCUUGCUGGGGGUGCCCUCCUCGUUUACAACACCAGUGCUUUGGCACAGUAGACCGUCCUUACUGUAAUUCAUGUUCUAUUCUAGUCCGUCUCGAGCAUGUACAAAAUACUUUAUGGAUCCAAGUUGUAUCCGUAAUCUGUAUUAAUUUUGUAUGAAUUUGAAUCCAUGCAUGUAUGACUGUUUGUGUUUUGAGGUUCAAAUAUGUUUGGAUGUAUAACUUGUGUAAACAUACUAUGUACCAUGAAUAAACCUUGAUAGCUAUAUACCAUGAAACAUGAGUAAAAUCUCAAGUAGAGUGUGCGUUUUAUGACAAAAAGAA